CGAGAGCAGGGUGUCAGACCAGUUUUGCACAGCGAGAGUGGCGCAGCGCAGCGUCCGUGUGAGUCAGCACAAAGCCACAGCUGUCGCAAAAGGGACAAGAGAAGAAAAGCCUUUUUUAACAAUUUCUACUCUCCACUCGCCAGCACAGACAACACUGCCAGGAAAAGCUCUCCCUGAUCAGAGAAAACAAAACACAAAGGAGGAUUUUAAGAGAGCCAGGCUGAUAUUUUUUUCUCCUCUCGUCUCUGUUUCUCUUCCUCCUUCCUGCCUCUCUCUCUCUCUCUCCCUCUUUGUUUUUUCCUGCAGUACUCUCUCCUGUACCAAGGGGGGGAUUAAUACAGCCACCACACUGAGGGAAGAACCACUAGGAUUUUAAACAGAAGCCUACCGCACCAAGGGCAGGGAGAAAAAAGGAAGAAAAUACAAGAAGAAGAUCGAAGAAUCUCGAAGACAAACAAGCUACAGUAAGAGGAAGCAAGCUGCCUUCCUUUGUGCCUUCGCUGCCUUAAAUCGCUGCCUCCUCCCCAGCGCACCGUGUUGCCUCCUGUCGGGUCCGGACUGUCCGGAGCCUAGGAGUCUAAUGCCCGUAGAGGAUGAGUCCGGCGAUAGAGGCGAUGCAGCAGGCAGAGCAGCAGCAGCUUUUUUUGGGCAAAGGGGUUCUCCUUGAGCCCUUCGUGCACCAGGUGGGGGGCCAUUCGUGCGUGCUGCGCUUCGGGGAGCAGACCAUCUGCAAGCCCCUCAUCCCCCGCGAGCACCAGUUCUACAAGAGCCUGCCCGCGGCCAUGCGCAAGUUCACCCCGCAGUACCGAGGAGUGGUCUCUGUUAGUUUUGAGGAGGACGAGGAGGGCAACCUGUGCCUGAUCGCGUACCCUCUGCACAGCCACAGCGAGGUGAGCAGCGACCUGGAGAACGUGGCCCCUUCCUCGGACCUGGAGCCCAAGAACAAGAGGAAGUGGGACAACAAGAUGCUACUAGACAACGAGGGCUACGGCAAAGACCGUGCCCGCAACUCACGCAAGGACAAGGACAAGAGUCUGAAGCGUGAGGAGGAUCUGGAGUGGUUGAAGCAGGCCGAGGUGCUCUACUACACGCUAGAGCGCAGCAACGCCGCCCCCCUGCUCAAGCACAACCCCUGGAGCCUCAAGUGCCACCAGCGGCACCUCCAGCGCAUGAAGGACAACGCCAAGCACCGCAACCAAUACAAAUUCAUUCUCCUGGAGAAUCUGACGUGGCGCCACAAGGUUCCGUGCGUGCUGGACCUGAAGAUGGGCACGCGGCAGCACGGCGACGACGCCACCGAGGAGAAGAAGGCCAUGCAGAUCCGCAAGUGCCAGCAGAGCACCUCCGCCAGCAUCGGGGUCCGCCUGUGUGGCAUGCAGGUGUACCAGGCAGGCGUGAGCCAGCUGAUGUUCAUGAACAAGUACCAGGGCCGCAAGCUGACGCUGCCGGGCUUCAAGGAGGCCAUCUACCAGUUCUUCCACGACGGCCAGCGCCUGCGCGGCGAGCUGCUGUCGCCGGUGCUGCGCCGGCUGCGCGAGAUGCAGGCGGCCCUGGAGUCCUGCGAGUCCUACCGCUUCUACUCCAGCUCGCUGCUCAUCAUCUACGACGGCGAGCCGCCACGCGCGCGCCGCACCGACGAGGAGGGCCUCUCGGACCAGGAGGACGAAGAGGAAGACGAGGAGGACGAGACAGAGGAGGACGAGGAAGACGAUGAGGAGGAGGAGGACGACGAGGCGGUGCAGGAGGGGGCCUUCGGGUUCCCCCACCACAGCGGGGCGGUGGCCGGCCCCAGCAGCUGCACCGGUAGCAGCAGCAGCAGUAGUGGCAGCAGCAACGUGGCCGGCAGCAGCAGUGCAGGCGGCUUGGGACUCAGCCACAGCCACAGCAGCAGUAGCCUGGUCAGCGGCAGCAGCAACGGCAGCUCCAGCUCCAGCAGCAGUAACGGCAGCGGGGUGGUGAGCUCGGCGGGCUCGCGGCGAGGGACGCGCUCCCAGCAGGAGCCCAACGUGGACGUGCGCAUGAUUGACUUUGCCCACACCACGUGCCGGCACUUCGGCGAGGACAGUGUGGUGCACGAGGGCCAGGACAGCGGCUACAUCUUCGGCCUACAGAACCUCAUCACCAUCAUCACGCAGCUGGAGGACCACAGCACUGAGGACUGAGGAGCCCAGCUGUCGAGGUUGUACUGUACGCGCCUGGCUGCUCGAAAUGGCGGCAAGAACAUAACUACGUAUCAGUCAAACAUGCUCGCUCAACUCGCACCACACACCCAUGCGCGUGCUUUUUGCGUGCACAGAUGCGCGGCGGGGUGUUUUGGACGGAGCGCUUCGUUCCUGAUGGGCCCCUCUCUCUCUGUCUUCUCGGAGCGGAGAGGGCGAAUAUGAGGGUGUGCGAAGGCUCGUGUUUUCCCUGUCUCCCCGCCCCCCCAUCCCCUCAGGCCUGUCGGGCCGAGGACCUACGGUGGUUACUACCGCACACUGGCCACCCGUGUCUUUCUCUCUGUGUUUUUUUCUUUCGCUCUUUUUUGUUUUUCUUCUUUCUCAUGAGUUUGUGUUAGAGGAUAUAAAAAGGGUCGAUGUUGGUGACACUGAAAGGCAGUGUUCCUGUUAUCUUCUGUUUACUUGACUCUGUGACUGAAGCAAACAUCCACAACCCCAACCCCCCUGUUGGCAACUUGCCAUGUUACUGUUACAAGUCCCCCCUUCCCCUAUUUUGGUGAACUCAAAAGCAGAAGCUUCAGAAGAGAAAAACUGGCCAACAUGGCGAAGCAAAAAAAACACAGACACACAUGCACAUGCACACAUACACACAUACACAAGCACCUUGUUGCACAUACACACACUUUUGAGACAACAAAGACUGAUGUUAACUGGUCCCCAAGACCCAUUCCAGAAGUUUUUAAAGAUUUCAAACUGAGACGUGUGCUUUUUGCAUUCGUUUUCGCCUCCAGCUGUGCCUCUAGAUGGGAGCGUGGUGGAGUGGACAGCUGGCCGUGCGAGAGGGAAAUGCGCCGUGUGGAAAGAGCACAUUUCCCAUGGGAAGAAGAAGUGGCGAUUAUACUCGGAUAGCUACUUAGACAAGCAGAGAGACUAUAUAGAACUUUAUUUAUUUGACAUAUUUCUUAAAUAAAACUAAAAACAAAAAAAUUGAACACAACAACAAAAAAAAGAAAAACGUGAAUGAGAUUGAGACUACAUUCCAUCUUAUUAAUGUUAUAAUAAUAAUAUUAAUGAAUAUUGUUAUUUGACAUGUUCAGAUACCUCUGUCUUUUACUGUAUAUCUGUGUUCGAAUGGAAAAAAGUAAUAAUAAACUUGCUUUUGUUUUACGUCA